AUGGUAGCUCCGACUCAGCUUGCUUACCAGAAGGGAACAUCCGCUGUUCCGCAUAUUCUGCGUGCGGCCGGUAUUUCGCCUGGGCUGCCCCGGAAGGUGGGCCAUACAGUCGCCCAGAUUCCCGCAGAAAAUGUCUAUGAGAUAGACUUCUCGCCCCUGGGCACCUACGUUAUCACCUGGCAACGGCCAUCCAAGGAUGCCAAUGGCGAUGCAGUCCGGAAUCUCAAGGUGUGGAAGGUUGUGGAACGCGCCCCGGAAGCCAACGACGAUGACACACCAGAUCAGCACACACCUAUCGGAAGCUUCGUGCAGAAAUCACAGACCGGCUGGAACCUGCAGUAUGCCGCAGAUGAACAGUAUUGCGCCCGUGUCGUAACAAAUGAAGUGCAGUUUUACGAGAGCGGGAACCUUGCGGCCGUUUGGAAGAAACUGAGGGUCGAGGGAGUCUCGGAUUUCGCUCUUUCUCCCGGCAAGGGACAUGCUGUAGCCACCUUUAUCCCCGAAAGAAAGGGCCAACCCGCUUCCGUCAGGAUAUUCGAUAUGCCCAACUUCAAUGCGCCUGUCUCUCAAAAAUCGUUUUACAAGGGUGACAAGGUGCAGCUGAAGUGGAAUAAUACUGGUACCACUCUGAUAGUCCUUGCCCAGACGGAUGUGGACAAGAGUGGUAAAAGUUACUACGGGGAGACCACUUUGUAUCUCCUUAGCGUCAAUGGAACUUUUGAUUCUAGGAUCGACCUAGACAAAGAAGGCCCGAUCCACGACGUUACAUGGUCUCCUACUUCGAAAGAAUUCGGUGUUGUUUAUGGCUACAUGCCUGCAAAGACCACCAUCUUCAACACCCGUGCCGUAGCCACACACUCCUUCCAGCUUGGCCCACGAAAUACGAUCCUCUUCUCUCCACAUGGCCGGUUUGUCCUCGUUGCUGGUUUUGGUAACUUGGCUGGUCAAAUGGACAUCUACGACGUGGAGAAGGACUACAAGAAGAUCGUCACUGUUGAAGCUUCAAAUGCUAGUGUCUGUGAAUGGAGUCCGGAUGGUAAACACAUCCUCACCGCUACCACCAGCCCGCGUCUGCGUGUUGAUAACGGUGUCCGCAUCUGGCAUGUUUCUGGUGCCUUGAUGUACAAUGAGGACAUGAACGAGCUAUAUUCCGUCUCGUGGCGGCCACAGUCACCCAGCAGUCAUCCGCUGACAUCAAACCCUCUUCACCCAAUGCCAAACCCGCAUCCGUCCGCUCUAGCAUACCUGAGUACCAAGAAGACACCUUCAAAGCCUGCGGGUGCGUAUCGCCCGCCUGGUGCUAGGGGACAAAGCACCCCCUUGGCUUUCCGCCGUGAAGACGAAGGCGGCGCUGCCUUUGUACGUGACGGUUCGUCUUCGUUCGCGUCGAACGGCGGAGCAGCCGGAGGUUCCUUUGGAAGGCCACGUCGUCGUGCUGUGCCUGGCGCCGAACCAGCGGAAGAGUUCUUACCACCCGGAGCCGCUCCGGGAGGCGGUGUUGCUCUUCCCCCUGGAGCUGACGCCGGUGCAGCUGGAUCUGAAAAGUUAUCCAAGUCGGCUGCAAAGAACAAGAAGAAGCGAGAAGCCAAGAAGGCCAAGGAGGCCAGUGCCAACCAAGGCGAAGCCGGUGAUGCCGCCAUCCCGACCGCACCCAGUUCGGAUAGGCGAGAUCGUAGCCGCUCUCGAGGUCACAGACAACACCCCAGCGGUGGCGCGAAUGGCAAUACCAACGGCGCAAACCUGGGCCCGAACUAUCCUCGCGGGCCCCGUGAUCGAAGCAGAAGCUCUCAUCGCCGCCAGCGUAGUGACGGCCGCAACAAUACGCCCAACCGCAACGGGAACGCCCAACAGCAUCAAGACCGUCGUGCACCGGCUGUCAGCGUCAAUACUAGUGGACGUCAACAAGCUGCACCACCAGACCUUACCGUCACCUCACCCGAUGGCGGCAACACCGCCAACGCCGUUCCUGACGCUGCAGCCAUAGCUCGGGAGAAGAAAAUGCGCAGUCUCUUGAAGAAGGUCCGCGCCAUUGACGAGCUGAAGAUGCGUGUUGCCGGUGGCGAGAAGCUGGAGGAGACGCAGAUGAAGAAAAUCCACACCGAGGAUUUAGUAAGGGGAGAGCUGGAGUCUUUGGGAUGGACUGGUUGA